AUGGGGUCCGUCAUGGUUGCCGCGACCUAUAGUGUUGGCUUGGAGAAAGUAGAGGCUAGCACGAAUGGCGCCAAGCUCCCGACUCUGGAUGACGACGAUACCGCCAACGAUGAUGACCUGAGCCCUCCGCCCGAUAAUUUGAGCCCCGUGUCGGGGAGCAAUGACCGUGCCUUGGAGGACGAGAUUGUCGUCGGCAACCGCAACGGCGUGGCCAAGUCGUCGCCUCUCCGCGUUGUGUCGGAUCCCGAGGACGAGAACAUGGCCGAUGUCGAAGAUGAGGAGCCCGUGGUCUCACAUUACCCUAAGCGCAAACGGGCAUCCGUCUUCAACGAUUUGAGCGAGGACAAGAUGGAGAGCGGAGUCACCACAGACAAGGAGGGCACCCCACGGAGUACCAAGCCCGCUCGUAGGCACGGCUUGGGCGGUGUCAAGGGCGUCAUUCUCGGUUAUUGGCGGGAUUCCCCCGUCCCCGAACCAAGGGGCAAGCACGCCGUCAUAGGCUUCAUCGACGUCCGCGAUCGUCUCCGCACCCGCAUCCAGCAAAACACCCGGUUUGGCGAGCCCGUAUCGAGCGCCGACUAUCCCCUGCCUCCGGGACCCGGCGGCAGCUGGGUGACAUUUGAGCGUGUCGUCUUCGCCGAUCAUCUGGUCGGUAUGGACCAUCAUCAAGUCAAGGAGUACGUCAAGCUGCGGACGGAUGCCGUUGAGGACACCGAAGAGGCCCGGGAUGCGGCAGAGCUGGCCGCCGCCAAGGACGCAAUCCGCCGCGUCGAGGAGAACCCUCCUCCAGAGAACGUCGUGGCCCCGGCCAUCGCCUACGGCGCCGAAAUCCCGGACCACGCUACGAUGCCGCCACGACCCGACUCCAAACGUCGGCGUACCGGCAACGGCAUCGGCACCAUCAGCGGAGGCCCGGUACAGACGCCGCCGGCACGCGACAUGGCUCCGUUCCAUCAGUUCGAUCCUUUGCAUGGUACUAGGCCUACCCGUAUCAUCGUGGGCUUUUGGAAGGGCUCUAGCGAGGAGGACCCGGCCAAUCGCCAUGCCGUAUACGGCAUCCUGGGCCAGAACGACAUGUUCCGCGUCAAAGUGGCGAGGGAGACUCGCGACAAGCGCUUCGUCGACGGCAACUUCCCCGUCGGGGCGGGUGCCCUCUGGAUCCAUUGGGAAGAGGUCGAGCUCGAGCCUCACCUCAAGAGCUUGUCUCGCGCCGAAGUCAAGGAAUACUGCCGUGUCCGCCAGUGGCAGAUCGACCAAGGAGAGACCCCCGAAACCCGCCCCAACAACGAGGCGCAGGCUGUGUACGACGCCCAGCAGCGCGUGGCCCACGGCUUCAACAAGCCUGGUCUCAUGAACAAUAUGCCCCCCCCGGCUAUUGUCCCCCAGCCCGACGAGGACAUGGCUGAGUCGCCCGAUACGAAGCUCGACGUGAACCCAGAACUGCGCCAGAGCCGUAGAACCGAAACCCGAGGCGUUCGACACGCCCUGCCCGAUCUCGAAGCCAGACAGUCGUCUCGCACGCCGGUGCAGGCGCAGAACAAGAUCGACGCCAGCGCCCGUCGCGAGAUCGCAAGGAUCGAGGCUGCACAAAUGCGCACCGAGCGCUUCGCCGCCGAUCGUGAAGCCGCCGCCGCCGCCGUUGCCGCCGCCAAUGGCGCCAACAUCGCUCCUCCCCCUUUGAUGCCACAGACCAUGCCCAAGAUGCCUAUGCAGAACGGCAACGGCAACGGCCAGCGCUUGAGCAGCCUUUUCCACGAGCGCGACGAGAUGCAGCGCCUCAACAAGGUCUGGGCCAGCCAGGAAGAACAACGCAGCAAGGUUGGAGGCGAAGAGACCAAAUUCUACGGCGGUAUCAAGUACGAACGCAAGACGAAUGGGCCUUUCGUCGGCAAGCUUGUGUCCCAGGGCACCAUCAUCAGCAUCGACGGAGAAGAUUACGUCGAAUAUCGCGUACUUACGAAGCCGAGCUUUUUCUAA